AUUCUAAGUUUCGAUAUGACAUCGCAAUGUAUUUUUUUAUUUUUACUUUUUAAUAUAUUUCACGUUAAUAUAACGUCAGUGUAUAACUUUUGGUAUACUCAAGUUACCAGUUUAUUAUUUCAGCAAAUGAUUAAGGAAGCUUCAGGACAUAUGUUCGUAGCGACCAGGAGGAGAGCUUUCUUGAGGCAAGUCAAGGUACUGAUCCCACAGUCUUGGAGCAACACAACCAUCGACCAGGUCGCCACCACUGAGAGCUUUAUGAAGAGUGACAUCCGCGUGGACCUCCCCCAUGCCAUCUACAAAAACCAGCCGUACACAGAGCAGCCUGGGGAGUGUGGGGAACCGGGAGAGUACAUCCACCUCACACCAGAAUAUCUCACUCAACGCAAAUUUUCACUCUGGUGGGGACCUCCAGGAAAGUCACUAGUGCCGCAGUGGGCUCAGCUGCGAUGGGGCGUGUUUGAUGAGAUGGGUUACCCAAAUGACGAGAGAUACCCACUCUUCUACUCCACGGGUAGAGAAGAUGCUUCCCGUGUUGAUGUACACACUGUAUAUUAUAGACCAAACUACUGUGCAAAUGCUUACAUAGAGGGUAUUGAAAAGAACGUACAAAGAGUAAGUUAUAGCGGGUGCCGUUACGCAUCUGACAACUUGCCAGAUGGUAACUGUAGGUUUCACCCAGACGAUAAUCAGACAGCCACAUCCUCCCUCAUGUCUUACCCUUUCAUCCUCAGUAACUCGAUUAUAGAGUUCUGUGACAGAAACACACACUUGUACGAGUCCCCAAACAAACAAAAUGACAAGUGCCAAGGACUGUCUACGUGGCAAGUGAUGGAGAAACAUCAAGAUUUCGCAAAUAACGUGAACCCUCCGCGUGCCGCACCACCAGAGGAGCCAUCAGUGAUCGUAAUACAGUCGGUGUUCCCCAGCUACGCCGUCGUCAUGGACUACUCGGGCAGCAUGUCCACUGAGAGUCGUAUUGUUACGUUGCAGAAGACCGCCCAGAGAUGGCUGUUACACGAAGCUCCAGACAACAGUUUCGUCUCGCUUAUAAGAUUCUCAAGCUCCCCGGCCAAAGUGUUGGUGCCACUCACACAGCUCAGCGACAAGACAGUGAGACAGACCCUGGCCAACAAGAUUCUUACAGAUAACCAAGGCGGCACUAGCAUUGGCUCCGGGCUUAGGACCGCUGUCCAGACACUGAGCGGUAAACAUAACAAAAACAUCCUGAUUAUCACUGACGGUGAAGAGAAUGAAGAUCCUCGCAUCAGUGAUGUUCUAAACGAGGUGAUUCAAGCCCGCAUCUGUGUUAUAACUGUGGCCUUUGGAUCUAACGCUGACCCCAACCUGGAGGUACUGUCGGAUAAGACCGGGUGCAAGUCCUAUACUGUCAAUGAUAACGACCAGAACACUAUGUUGCAGGACGCCUUUCAGGAAACUCUCACACGUCAGCCAGGCAAGGAAAUCCGGUUCAUCGAUAUUAUGAUCUAUGAAUCGCCAGAGAUUAAGACUCGAGAUUAUGCAGUGGAAAAUUAUUUUAGUGUAGACAACAGCGUGGGAAAGAAUCUCGUCUUCCGCCUUCAGACAGACAAAAAGGAUCACAUAAGAGAAGCACCUCGCCUGACAGACCCUUAUGGCAAUAUUAUUUAUGCCAAAGAUUAUGAUGAUAUCAGUUUCCUGUGGACCAUCAUUAUUCCACUGGCAGACGUUGGAAUGUGGAGUGGGAAGUCAAGUAGACGGAGAUGCUUCAAGAAUGUGAAGUGUCCUGUCACUGCCCGUCAACGAGACGCCUAUAAUCCCUCCCCUCAACCAACCAGAGUCUGGGUAAGAAAUAAACCCGACGGAGUCAGUGCACUCAAUCCCAAAAUAAAAAUCUUUGCUGAAGUGAAACAAGGAAAUAACCCAAUCCCAUAUAACGCACACGUCAGGGCAAUAGUAACUCAGCCUGACAGUGUUAAUGCACCGCCUGACAUAUACAUCCUCCAAGACAGCGGUAUUAACGCUGACAGCAUGAAGAAUGAUGGCAUCUACAGCGGCUACAUGACCAAGUUCUCUUCUGUUGGUCGCUACAACAUUAAGGCAGAGGUACGACAUUCAACAUGGACUGGUUGCUAUUCAGUGCUAUUCUACAUAUUUAACAUAAGGGUGAACCAUACCAUGUAUUAUGUCACAGAACCACCAGCGCCAUGCUGUGGCAGCGUGAUGCCAGUCGAUGACACCAACACAGCACCCACAGGCAACUUCACCAGAGUGGCAACCGGCGGCUCUCUCAAGGUAACAGAAAUACCACCACCUGGGUCAGACACCAUGCCACCAGCACGUGUAGUUGAUCUCAAAGUGAACUCCAUUAACUUAAACUCGAAGAAAAUAGGAUUCACUUCUAUCACCCUCUCCUGGACUGCACCUGGUGAUGACCUGGAUGCAGGAAUAGCAUCAGGCUACGUGUUCAGACUAAGUUCGAAUUAUGAGGAUCUAUUGGAGGAAAAGUUCGAUCAGGCCCCGCUUGACACACUUCUUCUAGUUAGUCCAGAGGAACUACAAAGUUACAGUGUCUUCCUCGAGAGUGGCAGCCAACUCAACCUCACCAUAAACUUCAGAAGAAGCGUGAAAUUUGACCAGAAAUAUUUCGUGGCACUUCGAGCGAUAGACGAAGCUGACAACAAGAGCAAAGUCUCCAACAUUGUCGUAUUUACUGUUGAAGAGAAGCUGGACAUGCCAAAAUGGGCACUGAAGAAGAUGGAAGACAUGCAGAAGAAUAUUGCCAACUUUGAGGCACUUAAGGGUAAAAUAUUUCACCAUGUACGCCCUGAAUAAAUUAUAGAGGUCCUCAAGAAACAAGAAUUGUAAUACAAUGGUAGAAUGAGCCUGAUUGAGAAAUGGUAUCAUAGGUUCCUUAUCAUUAUCUUGGACAAGUGCUAAACCCAUAGGAGUCAUUUGGUUCUAGGAACUAGAAAACAAUCAGGUUUGAUCCAAGAAAGGGAAGCUCCUAUUCCAGGACUCAAGAGCCCUUUACCAGCAUCAAGGCACCCUAAUUAACCCUUAAACUGUUCAAACGUAGAUCUACGUUUUUUCAACAUUUGAAAGUAUGUAAAAAAAGUUUUUUUUUUUUUUUUUUACAUUUGAAAACGUGUAAAAAAACUUUGAUCUACUUUUUUUUUUUGUUAUAUUUGAAAAUAUGUAAAAAAGAGUAGAUCUACUUUUGGAGGACUACGCAUGUGAACAUAGAUCUGCUUGGACAGUUUAAGGGUUAAAGGGCAAAGGUUCAUUACCUUAGACAAUCAUAUGGAACAGGCACCAGUUAUUAUUAUAAUAAUAAUCAUGGGGAGCACUAAACCCGUAGGAUUAUAUAGCACAUGGGAUGGAAGAUAUUCAGGCUCAAUUCAGGGAACUGGAGUAAAGAUCUAAUUCCCUAGAUCAAGAGUCCCUCACCAGCAUCAAGGAACCUCCCUUGAGGGGAUUCUUCCAAUAUCUGUAACUAACACUACUUAAUGUGAUGGACUAACAUUACAUAACAAGAAAAAUGUGUAUUAAUAAACAAGACAGUUUUCUGACAUAUCAGUUUGAUUUCUUAAAAAUCAACCAUUUCCCACCUGAAUAAAGAAACAUUCAUCAUUCAAUAACUGUUUUGCCAAAAGUGCAGAUAUCACAGUUCAAAUGACCCUCUGAACCUCAACAUCCCCACCUAUUCUUCAAAUGUUGAGUAAAUUUAGAUCAGGUUAUGACAAGGUGUGUCAGAAUUUAUUUCAUCAGCUAGUUCAUUUUUUUUUUUAUGGACAAGUCCUAAACCUGUAAGGAUCAUAUAGUGCUUAGGGAAUGGGAGGCAUUCAGGCUCUAAGGAAGGGAGGUUAAGUCCUGUUCCAUGUGAUCAAGGGCCCUUCACCAGUAUCAAGACUGGUAAGGGGAAAAGUAUAUUUCACCAUUUCAACUUUAUUGAACAUUGCACACACACAUAUGCAUGUACAUGUACAUGCUCUUCCAUGUAUGAGUAGAUGCAUACAUGAAAAACAAUCAGCAAAAUUCACCUUAAACAAAAUAUUAUGUUACAUUUGGUUCAUAUGAAAUGCAAAUCUCAUUGUGUCAUGAAAGUAGUAAGGAGCACUGGAUUAUUAUAAUCAUGGGGAGCACUAAACCUGUAGGGAUUAUACAGCACCUGUGGGGGGAGGGAUGGAAGGUAUUGAGACUCAAUUCAGGGAACUGGACCAGAGAUCCAAUUUCCUAGAUCAAGAGCCCCUCACCAGUACCAAGAAACCUCAUUUGAGGGAAAGGAGCACUGGAGAUGUAGCUAUCCUGGGUCAGAUAUUAAUUUAAGAGGCACCAUCUAGCUGUUAACAGACUAAGUCAUUAUUACUAACAAAUACAUAUACACAAAUCAGAUCUAUGGAACAUCAAGGGUGGCACCAAGGGAAAGUAGGGCUGAAGCCCCCCAGAUAAAAAUAUGUGUAUAACAAAGCUUCAGGUCAGGGCCCCUAUUAUAAUCAAAAUGAAAUGUUAAACUCGCCAGGGUCAUACAGCGAUGCAGAAUAGGGAGUAUAACAGAGGUAGAGUUUGUGAGGGUGGUGAGGAGUGGUAAAGGAAGUACAAUCAAUGGUUAUGCAAUAAAUCUGCUGUCAAAGAGGGAGUGUGUCAAAGGUGGGGCCAUCAGUAAGGAGAGAAGAUAAAGUAAGGGUGUCAGAGCGGUGACGACAUCGGAGGUAAAUUCUGCAUGUUCAGUGAUAGACAGGACAGUCCAACAGAAUAUGGAAAACUGAAACUGGAACCAAACAAUUCACACAGAGUGGAAUUAGGUGCCUUGCCAUGAGAUGCCCAUGAGUGAGACAUGCGCCCAGUGUGAAGACGGGCAAGCAUAGUUUCCUAGCCACGACACUGAUGAUAAGAAGGCCAGGAUCCUAAACUCGGCUCGAUAGAAUGUAAUUUGUCACCAGUCAACUCAGACCAAUUAUGUUGCCAAUGGCUGCAAAGGUGGCUAAAGAUUACAGCAAAAUAGUCUGAGAAUGGAGUACCUCUAUAGGAAACUGGAAGGUCAUGUACUGCUGACCAUGCAACAGAGUCUGCCUGAUCAUUGCCUUGGACAACAUGACCAGGGACCCAGUAGAAAACAAUUUUGUUUUUGCUAUAAAUGUGGCACAACUGAAGUCAUAUACAAAGAACCAGGGGAUGAGUUGAAUUAAAUUUUUGAUAGCUUGCAAAGCACUAAAGUACCACAAAUGUUGAGGUAGGCAACAAGGCCUUGGUCCCCUAUCCUUACAAUACUAAGCUCAUACUGUAUAGAAUCUCUGAUGAUGCCAUUGUACAACAUCUUUACAGUACUAUUACAGUAUACAAGGUACAUACUGUAAAACAUUGGUCGAGUACAGGGAACUCAAAAGCAAUCAUUGUACUGUACACUUUUACAAGCUAAUAUAACUUUCCAAACUAC